AUGGACUUCUCCGUUUUGCCAAACAACAACCAUCCCGAUAAAUUCCUGCAACUGGAGGUGAAGUCCUUAGUGAAAAACUCUGCCUUUCUACAAGCCAGCCUGGCAAAAUUCCCAGAAGCAGCUUUACCUGGAGUGCAGCGGUGGCACAACAGGGUCUAUUUACAGAGAGAAAAGAGAAAUGACACUGAGCUGCCAGGCUUGGAUUUGAAUGAGGUCAGUCAAGAAAUGAUAGACAAAGCCCUCGGGAAACACAUUACACCCAUCACCCUGAAAUCCACAAUCAAAAGCAACCCUUUGUAUAGUGAUAUCCAGGUGGAUGAUGACUGGGAGGAGAAGAAAAAGACCCCUUCCUGGACCGUGCAAGACUAUGACAGACAGUCGCUGCACUCUAACUUGACCAGCCACAUAAAGGAAAAUCCUAAUGAUCUACAGUUCUGGAUGGGGGAUAUUUAUACUCCUGGGUAUGAUACCUUGUUAAAAAAGAAAGAAAGAGAAAAAAAGCAUUCCAAAUGUUGCCGAAUCAUCCUGCUCAUGGUACUAGCUGUUUGCAUCCUGAUUACCAUAGUCAUGCUCAGUGUUUUACUUACUUAG